AUAGUUGCAGACUACUCGCCAUGAACCGCCUUUCAAUCUUCUGGGUCGAGGAAGAGAGAGUUUCUGGGGCCGUCCAAGUUACAAAUAACACACAACCCGAGCUCUCUGUAACAUCCAACCGCCAAUAUGAGUCAGGCUGACGUUCUACUGCCGUCUUUGGACACGAUCCAAGACCUCCUCUCCAAACCACAGAAGGGAGCCAAGAAGGCAAACCUCGUCCCCGUCUACGGUCAAAUCUCAGCCGACCUCAUUACCCCGUCAGCCGCGUAUCUCAAGGUUUCGACACAAUCCAAGUCCGAUUUCUCCUUCCUCUUCGAGAGCGCAGCCACAGAGCGAGUCGGCCGGUACAGCUUCGUUGCCUCCGGGCCCCGAAAGAUACUGACUACUGGAGAGGGUCAUGGCGAGUCCGUCGACCCACUACCAGGUAUCGAGAAGGAGCUGGCGCAAUACACAACGCUCGAUGUGCCUGGUCUAAACCUCCCACCUCUGACCGGCGGUGCUGUAGGGUAUGUAGGCUAUGACUGUGUGCGAUACUUUGAGCCCAAGACGGCGAGGCCUAUGAAGGAUGUCCUGAAAAUCCCAGAGUCCCUUUUCAUGUUGUUUGACACCAUUGUGGCAUUCGAUCGCUUCUUUGGGGUCAUCAAGGUUAUUACCUAUCUGCGCAUCCCCGAGAACCUGGACUCUUUACCCUCCGAGUACGAAAAGGCCACAAAUUUGAUCAAUGAUAUGAUCGAUGUGCUCAAUACGCCUGAAAUACCCAUCCCCGAACAGCAGCCAAUUAAGCUCGGCAAUGAGGCCACGUCCAACAUCGGACGGGAGGGCUACGAAAAUCACGUCACCACAUUGAAGAAGCACAUCGUCAAGGGCGAUAUCAUCCAGGCCGUCCCCUCACAAAGGUUUGCAAGACCGACGAGCCUGCACCCCUUUAACAUAUACAGACAUCUGCGGACCGUGAAUCCUUCCCCGUACUUGUUCUACAUCGACUGCAAGGACUUUCAGAUCAUUGGCGCAUCGCCUGAGCUGCUCGUCAAGGAAGAUGAAGGUCGCAUCAUUACCCACCCUAUCGCUGGCACCGUGAAGCGUGGCAAGACUCCCGAGGAGGACGAAAAACUAGCAAAUGAGUUGAGAAGCUCCCUAAAGGAUCGUGCUGAGCAUGUCAUGUUGGUGGACCUGGCUAGAAACGAUGUCAACCGCGUGUGUGACCCCUUGACCACGAGGGUAGACCGCCUCAUGGUCGUUGAGAAAUUCAGCCACGUGCAGCAUCUGGUAUCACAAGUCUCUGGUGUUCUCAGACCAGGUCAAACAAGGUUCGAUGCAUUUAGGUCCAUAUUCCCAGCCGGCACGGUCUCGGGCGCACCCAAGGUGAAGGCCAUGGAGCUUAUUGCCGAGCUGGAGAAAGAGAAGCGCGGCAUCUACGCUGGUGCCGUAGGGUACUUUGGCUAUGGUGCGGUGACUCCUGAGGGCCAAGAGAUCGAGGGCGCUAUGGAUACGUGCAUUGCGCUGAGGACAAUGCUCUACAAGGACGGUACCGCAUACCUGCAAGCUGGUGGCGGCAUUGUUUUCGACUCGGAUGAGUAUGAGGAGUGGAUGGAGACCAUUAAUAAGCUUGGCGCCAACACCACGACCCUCAAGACAGCCGAGUCCAUCUAUGCCAAGCGGGUCGGCCAAGUAUAGUGGUUGGUGAUUAAAGUGGGUUUGCCGUAUGGCCUUGAAUGAAGACAAAAUAAACAGCAUGGCGUUUUUGGCACCUGGUAUCCUUACGAGACGAGUAAAUGAUAGAUUUCUUCGCUGAAAAAAAUAAUUUGGUAUUCAUGAACGCCAUGCCCAUCUAA